AUCUUUUCCAAGUAAUAGAAAACUCCACUCUUCAACUCUCCAUUCCCCCACAACAACCCAAAAGCCUAUAGCAUCUUCAAUUCAAUCGCCGUAAGCCCUCCGAUCAAAAGCACAAUUACAGAACCCAAUAUGGGGAAGAAGAGGAAGUCGAUAGCCACGAGCCUGGACGAGGUGGAUCGGACCAUGUACGCCUCAUUUUGCAGUGCCGCAAACUCCUUGUCUCAGCUUUAUACCCAGGCCAUGAAUCAGCAGAAGCUUUCCUUCCAAGCCGGCGAGCGCCACAGCCUGGAAAAACUUUAUCAGUGGCUUCGGAGACAACAAGAGGGAGGUUCAAGAGUAACCACAUUGGACAUACUCAGCUACCUUCAGGUUUGCACUGGUUUUCCUUGCUUAAUCAUGUUAGUAUACACUAUGGUUUUUAUCUAUACACAAGGUUGUGUGGGAUUUGCAGACAUUUGUUGCAGGAAGGCCUGCAUAAAUCAAUUUGUUGGGUUCACUUUCCUGUUACAUUUCUUGUUCUGAUGCUAAAAUUUUUAUGUUCAUGGACCACUGAUGUAUGGGAAACCUUCCAAUGGUUUCUGUGAGAUGCAGUAUGCUGUUUGAACUUUGAAGAGUCAAGAGAGGUGGCUAUCAGGAUAUGUUUAGUGCUUGGAGAGUAUAUAUCUGCUGCCGAGAAACAUUGACUUUGUAGUAUCUCUUAACAGCCGGAGGCAGGCAUGGUGCAUAAAUGUAUAUCUAUUGUCAAUACCAAAGAUGUGUUUCCCUUUUAGAAUCUGGAAGUGUCCGUAUUCAUCAUUCUUUAAACAUACCUUCUGCUUGUCAAAGUCAAACAGUUACCAAUCGUCAACAGCUGUGAUAGUUAUGCUUUACUUAUAAUCUGAAAUGCUAGUUUUCUCUCUGCAGAAUGAACUGGAGUACAGUGGAGAGGAACCAUCUAUGUCGCCUAGAGCACCAGUGCAACAACAGCAUUCCCAGCCUCCAAUGCAGUUCACCAAUCCUAGCUUUAUGGUCUCUUCAGGCCCAUCUGGCCAAAUUGCUGGGCAGGUAACUCGUCCAGAGCAUGGUGAUCAACAGUCCAAGAAUACAGUUUUCUCAAAUGCUUUAUCAAGCCCCAUUCGACAGAGUCUUCAGAAUUAUCACAUUUCACAGGGAGGCUACUAUUCAAAUGGCAGUGUACCCUCAGGAACUGGAGCUAGGAACAAUGAAUCCAACUUUCUUCAGCACCAGAACAGGGAACCCAAUCCUCUCAGUUCCAAUGAUUCCUCAAUGGAAAUGCAUGCAGAUAGUCCUUCUCAUGAAUCAACCUAUUGAAAUGUCCUUCUCAUGAAUCAACCUAUUGAAAUGCUCAGGUAGACCAUUUCAAAAGCUUGUAGUCUUGUGGUUAGGAAACAUCUGCAUGGGCUGUAAAGGAUCACGGCCUCAUUCAUUGCUUUCAGAAAGGAGAUGAAAGCGAAACAUGAAGAUGGUUUCUUCAUACAAUAAUAAACACAAGAUGAUGAGUGGGGAACAAUGUGACUGUGUUCACAGUCACAUUGUGAAGAAAGCACAAGCUUCAUAGCUUAUCAGUAUAUCUUCUACAGUCCUUUUUGGAUCAAUUACUCUUGGUCGACUAAAAGAUCAUAUGUAAAGCAACUUGUGGAAUUCAUUCUACAACUUGCAUACUGCAACAGCUGUUUGUUUCGUUCUCUUUUCUAGUUUUUUUCAAAAUUUAGAUUUUGUUAUGUGAUGUGUUUAUCAGGAUGUCUGUGUGACAUUUACAGAGUAAAUUCUAUUGAUCCAU